UUAAGGUCAUAAGCAAUCUGUAAACUCAGCAAUGUAGGUGUCAUCUUGUAGACGCAAGAUGGCCGCUCAAACUCUCACUCAACUCCCUCCCGUUCCUUCACCGCCGCGGCGGCGGCCCCAACCACACACUCGCCCUCUUCCCCGACGACACCUUUCCUCCACCACUCUCCCAAAUCUCUCCUCUUCUGUCGAGAAUUGUUCGGCGCGGGAUGUCGUCUCAUGGACCGCUGCCAUUGCCCGCCAAGCCCGACGCGGCCGCCUGUCCGACGCUGCAUGCGCCUUUGGAGACAUGCUUUCUGCAGGCGUCAACCCCAACAACGUCACCCUCGUCGCCCUCCUCUCCGCCUGCGCCGACUUCCCAUCCUACCCCUCCGCCCUUCCCCUUGGGUGCGCCAUUCACGCUCAGUCCCUCAAGCGAAGGCGCCCGGACGCUGCUCCUGAGGAAGUCGUCGUUUUCUCCACCGCCCUCGUCGAUAUGUACGCUAAGUGCGGCCGGGCAGACCUCGCUGGCGAGGUGUUCGACCGAAUGCCCGUUAAGAACACUGUCUCCUUCAACACCAUGAUCGCUGGGUACAUGCGGGCUGGGGACGUCGACCAUGCCUUGUCUUGGUUCAACAGAAUGCCGAGGAAAGAUAAGGUAUCUUGGACCGUGGUGAUUGACGGGUGCGUCAAGAAUGGUCUUGUCGAGGAGGCAUUGGAUUGUUUUCGAGCGAUGCAGCUCAGCAGGAUCGAUGCAGAUUACGUGACGAUCCUAGCAGUCAUUGCGGCUUGCACUAGCCUGGGAGCUCUCAACCAUGGGCUUUGGGUGCAUCGGUACGUCAAGAACCAUGGCCUCUCGAACAAUGUUCGGCUGGCCAAUUCCCUCAUCGACAUGUACUCAAGGUGCGGCCGUGUCGAUUUCGCUCACCAGCUGUUCGAAAGAAUGUGCACGAGAACACUGGUGUCUUGGAAUUCCAUUGUUGUUGGAUUUGCAGUGAAUGGUUGCUGCCAUGAGGCUAUUGAGCAUUUCAAGAUGAUGCGGAGUGAGGGAUUCGGGCCCGAUGGAGUGAGCUUCACAGGUGUGCUUACCGCCUGUAGUCAUGCUGGUUUGGUACAUGAAGGCCUGAAGUUUUACGAUCUGAUGAGGGAACACUAUAAGUUGCCACCGAGAGUUGAGCACUUCGGUUGUCUGGUGGAUCUACUCAGCCGGGCUGGGAGGUUGGAGGAAGCCGUGAGCACGAUCGAGAGCAUGCCUUUCCGGCCAAAUGAGGUAGUCUUGAGCUCACUUCUGGCUGCUUGCAGGGUGCACGGGGAUAUCCAACUAGCAGAGAGAGUGACAGCAUACCUUCUGCACUUAGAGCCAGAAUGUGACUCCAAUUACGUGCUCCUGUCAAAUAUUUACGCUGCGGAUGGGCAGUGGGACGGCGUCGGUGCACUCCGAAGCAAGAUGAAGGCCAUCGGAGUGACAAAGACACCAGGAUGUAGCAGCAUCGAGAUCGGUUGCGAGAUCCAUGAGUUUGUAGCUGGAGAUGGGUCACACCCGCAGUCUGAUGACAUAUAUGAGAUGCUUGACCUCCUUCGCUGCGAGCUGAAGCUCUGGGGCCAUGAUCCGAAGAUAAUUGUAGGUGCUACAGAUGACUAAUGUACCUUGUUGCUGCAUAAUGGUGCUGCUCGAGGUUGCAGCAGUUCUAUUGCAGCCAACAAAGAGAGCGCGAGGGUGUCAUCCACAUGGAAGCGGAACUCAUUAGAGACAUUGUGAACGGUUUUCACAGCAGUUGUGUAUGAAGAUGUCAGGCGGUCAUCUGUGCAGAAAACACGCAUGAGAUGCAGAAAUAUGGAUGAAAGGAGCUGCCAAACAUCCGAUAAAUGGUAAUUAUGCAUUCUUGGAUUUUGUUAAAAGAGACAUGAAGAAAUUUAAUGGUAUUUAUAUGUCUUAGCUGAUGGGCCUCUCCUAUUACUACAUCUAAUUAGACAUAUACCGUCUUGUAUGCAUCUAAACCCAACAAGGUUAAAACCUCCGUCAAUUGUAAUUUCUGUUUAU